AUGGCCAUGGACGAGCUCCUCAAGAACUUGUCGCACCUUCCCGGCAAUUUCUCCGCGCUCUUCAACUUCACCGAGGACGUUUUCACGGCGGAAGACAGGGAGACCAUGGAGUUCAUCAUCCGCUGCGUGAUACCCUCCGUGUACAUCCUCAUCAUCACCGUGGGGCUGCUGGGCAACAUCACCCUGGUGAAGAUCUUCAUCACCAACAGCGCCAUGCGGAGCGUGCCCAACAUCUUCAUCUCGAGCCUCGCGGCCGGGGACCUCCUGCUCCUGGUCACGUGCGUUCCCAUGGACGCCUUCAGGUACUUCUUCGAGGAGUGGAUCUUCGGCACCCUGGCGUGCAAACUCAUCCCAGUGAUCCAGCUCACCUCCGUGGGGGUGUCAGUCUUCACCCUCACAGCCCUCAGUGCGGACAGGUACAAAGCUAUCGUGAACCCCAUGGACAUCCAGACCUCCAGCGCUGUCUUCUGGACCUGUCUGAAAGCUGUGUCCAUAUGGUUUAUCUCCGUGCUGCUGGCCAUCCCAGAGGCCAUCUUCUCACAAGUAGUCCACAUCCAGGACAAGAAUGUCACGUUCACAGCCUGCGUGCCCUAUCCCCUCUCCAAUGAGAUGCAUCCGAAGAUCCACUCCGUCAUGAUAUUCCUUGUUUAUUUCCUCAUACCCCUGGGGGUCAUAUCCAUAUACUACUACCACAUUGCCAGGACGCUCAUCAAGAGUGCUCAUGACAUGCCGGGCGAAGUCAGCGAACACACCAAAAGACAGAUGGAGACCAGGAAGCGCCUGGCAAAAAUCGUGCUGGUAUUCGUGGGCCUCUUCGCACUCUGCUGGUUCCCCAACCAUGUACUCUACCUGUACCGCUCCUUCAACUACCGACACAUUGACUCAUCACUGCCCCACCUUGUGGUCACGCUGGUGGCACGUGUUCUCAGCUUCUCCGGCUCCUGCGUGAACCCGUUUGCACUGUACUUGUUGAGCGAAAGCUUCCGGCGACACUUCAACAGCCACCUUUGCUGCCGUGGGAGGCCCCAGCGGGAGCGCAGCACAAGUUACCUACAGAGCACUUCUGCUGUUCGAAUGACCUCUAUCAAGAAGAAUACACCAACCACUGCCAAUGGCCAUGGUGGGAAACAGGAAGUCUAUCUGUAG